AUGUUUACAAGAAAUAUAACUUAUAUAAAUUAUACUACUUUAAACACACUGCAACAACUUUGUAACAUUCAAAUCAAUAAAACCGAUGAUUUACCUAAAAAAUUAUGUAACAUUUGUUACAAAUUCUUAAAAAAUACUAUGUUAUUUAUAAAUAAAGCAAAAGAAACAGAAGCAUUUCUAAAAAAAACCAUUAAUGAAAAGUCUAAAAUUGAAGAAGGAUAUAACAACAAUAGUGAUUUAUCGGAACCUGAAGACUAUAGUUUAUUAAAAGAUACUGUAAAAAUGGAUUUGGAAUUUGGAAAAGAUAGUUUCAUUAAAGAGGAAAAGAUUUCUUCAAGUAUGUGUGUUAAAAAAUUAAAUACAAAGCCAACUGUAGCUAAACGAGUUCAAUGUAAAAUAUGUAAGUCAGUAGUCAUGAAGUCAUAUUUUAAACAGCACAUGACCAUGCAUGAUCCAAAUCAUUCAAAAUAUGUUUGUGAAAUUUGUGGAAAGUCCUACAGGUUGAUUUGUGCAUUUUAUAAUCAUCGUUUUCAACAUAGCACUGAUUUCUUACAUAAGUGUCAAUUGUGCCCCUAUAAAGCACGAGACAAAGCAUUAUUAAGAAACCAUAUGAAAGUUCACAUUGCUGAUUAUAAAUAUAUGUGUACUGAAUGCCCAUCAAGAUUUCUCUUUAGAAGUAAUCUUAACCGACACAUGUGGAAACAUAAACAGAAACAGUUUAGCUGUGAUAUUUGCAAAAGAAUGUUUCAUACUAAAUUAACUGUUCAGCAACAUCAUGAAGUUGAUCAUUUGGGUAAGAAAAAUCAUUCGUGUAAUUUAUGCGGAAAGGCAUUUGGAUAUAGGAAAGCAAUGAUGAAACAUCAAAGAACAGUGCACAAGAGAGAGAAAAGAGAAUAUUCAAGAAUGCCUACAUAUUUACAAUAUGAAAAUAAAAAUUAAUAUUUACAUCUAUUUCAUAUUGUUGUUUAAGUAAUGUAAUUUUAGAGGCAAAAUCGUAAACAAAGUGGUUUAUCCAAGAUAGAAUUAGGGCUUGUUAUAAAUUUGUUUAUAGAUUAGAUUAGAUUGUUUAAUCUUCAACUGUAAAAAGGCUGACUA